AUGCAACGCUCUGACCUCAGGCUUGUGCUCGCUGCUGCGCUGGCUGCUCUCAUACUCUCAGCAUGUGCGCCCAGGGCGGCGGAAGCCUUGCGCCUGGCAUGCACGGAUCGCAGCUGUGGCGCCAACGCGAGGUGCCUCAAGAGCGUGGCGGGCUGGGCGGACUGCGUGUGUGACAGGGGCUUUAAGCUGCUGCCCAACGCCUCCUGCGCGCGUGAGCUCACCUUCCCUGUAACGCCAGAUUGUGGAGAGAAGGGGUACUGUGAGGAGGUGCAGGGGCGCACCACGUGUCGUUGCAACACUGGCUUCGCCAAGACUGCUGGCGGCUGUGUUGUGCGUGAAGGACGAGGACGGGGCGGCGUCGUGUGUGUGUGUGACGCUGGCUUCACGCUGCGAGAUGAUGGCAAGUCGUGCGCUGCCGUCGUCCUGCCACCUGCUGCCAGCAACCGCCGCUACCCGCGGGGCCAAGAGAAGGACGCCGAGGGCAACUGCGUUGUGUCUGCCCCCACGUGUGUGAGUGCAGACGUGUGCACGGUACGCAACUGCGGCCCCAACUCGAGGUGUCUGAAGAACGAGGCAGGCUGGGCCAACUGCGUGUGUGAGAGGGGCCUCAAGCUGCUGCCCAAUGCGUCAUGCGCGCACUCGUGUGCGAGAAGGGACUGUGGGGAGAACGCCUGCUGCGAGAAGGAGCAGGAGCGACUUUUGUUUGAGGUGCCCCAAAAGCCCUCACUCUCUUGUUGCUGCUCCCGCGCCGUAUGUGCCUUCUCUCAUGCUGUGCCCCCGACAGACUCGUGUGCGAUAAGGGACUGUGGGGAGAACGCCUACUGUGAGAAGGAGCAGGAGCUGGCUGUGUGUCACUGCAACUGGGGCUACGCCAUGACCGACACCGGCUGUGUUGACACGUGCAUACUGCAAGCAUGUGGUGAGAACGGCCGCUGUGUGAAGGACGAGGCGGGGAUGGCGUCUUGUGUGUGUGACGUUGGUUUCACGCUCAUGGGUGAUGGCAGGACAUGCACUGAUAAUUGCAUCCUUAAGAGGUGCCAGGCGCUCACGUCGGAUUGUAUGAAGUAUGAGGAUGGCACAGCGUACUGUGUGUGCAAGCCAGGCUACACACUGCUCUAUGGCACCUGUGUUGGGCCGGCCACGUGUGGCAACUGCCCGUCCCUGGCCACAUGCACGCUGGUCUCCUCCACCAGAAAGGCUCCUUACUGCGUCUGCCCUGCUGGCUUUGGCAUGACCGCCACUGGUUGCGUCCGUGGCGCCCUUCCAACCGUGUCCUCUGCGAGUCUCACCUUCUACAACCAGCCGGGGCUUACCUUGACGCCCUCCACCUACACCUUGCGCGUGAGGUACUCCAGAUGCACCAACCUGCCUUCGACAAUCGGUCUCAACGUGCGGUCAUACUGGCGGGUGGACCGGGCACCGGGAGGGGCGGGGCACUGCCAGUUUGUCAACGCGUAUCGCUUUGCCAACUGCGUUACGCAGGUGGCUCAGCUGCCUGCCCUCUCACUCUCCGGCAUCGCUGCAGCAAGUGUCUCGUAA